AGUAUAACGAGGUCAAUGAGAGCUCUACCAAAGACAAAGGAAAAGGAAAAAUGGUAUAUGAGGAAGACAAAAUAGAAACAGAAGAAGAGAGGCAGGUAAGAAACAGUUUUAAUGAGAAAGAAAAAGAAGAAACCAAAACAAUAGAAAGUAAUUUUAAAGAUCAAACAUACGAAAGAGCAAAGCAAGAGCAAGCUAAUUAUGAUCAAAACUGGAGAAAUGAAAGAUAUGAACAGCAUGCUCAA